AUGCCUCCACCAUAUGGAGUCGAUAGGAGGUACCCUCCCAGAAUCCAGCUAGUCGUUCCAAGUCGACGCCCUGCAUAUCCUCCCCAACCUCAGCGAAGCCGAUACGACAAUCCGUCUUUUGACUAUCACGCCCCGUCUUCCGAUGUCACACCGGCUUCUUCUUCGACGCCAGCCCAAUAUCUAGUCUACGGACCUGAUGGCAGUACAUACUUGCAGAAUUCUGCUCAGACACAUCGCCAUCCCGAAUCGCGUCAUAGAAACUCUUCAGAACCGUCGCCGCAACCGUACUCCUCUAUUCAUACGGGGUAUCCACCUCAACCGAACUUCAUAGCGCGUGCCCCGCGUCGAUCAGGAUAUGGUCCGGACGACAGACUAGAAGCAGAAGGUUAUCAGCGCACGCCUUCUAGAGGAUCCUCUCGGUAUUACAAUGACCUUACAUCAGAUGACAAUUUCUCCUAUCAAUCACCCUAUCAAUCGAUCAACAGGCCUGAUGGCAAUCCACUGGAGUCCUCUCAAUGGGAAGGCAGGGGACCGCCUAUGUAUGUAGGCCCUUCCCUGAAGAUAGAUGCAGGCUGCUGUGCGAUAUGCAAUGAGAAAGGUCGCCAAUUUCUCCGUUACAAGUAUUCGUCGAAGAUCCGGCCUUACUUUGUGUGGUACAACCGAGAGACGCGAGUGUUUGAAGCGCAGCACACGCGCGGAUCAAGUGAACCUUCCGACGAUUAA